AUGAAAGGAGACGAGAAUGUUGUAAAUCUUGAUAUUCAUGACAACCCAAAUAUGACUCGCUUGGGAUUGGAUUCAUUGUUGUUGCUGCAUAGUGUCGAAGCCUGGUUUCGUGUGAAUAUACAGAACGUCCACCCUGAUUUCUGUCUAACCAUUGAAGAAAUGCAGGUGUUUACCACAUUCAACACGAAAUACGUCAAACUAGAAGCCAAGUACUGUAAUAUUACGACUAGAAAAGAUGGACAAAAGACUUGUGUGUUUGAAAGUAUGAGUGCACUGACGAAUGAUUGUGUACAUAUAAUGGGAAAUGUGAUUGUUUCUACUGGAGAUGAAGAAUACACUGGAAAGCUGUCGAUAGUCACAAAUAUUUAUGGUAGCUUAUCAAUAACCAACACAACGUUAAAGAAUUUAGAGUUUUUGGGAAAUUUAACAAACGUUGCUGUACUAAACGAUACAAGUCCAGCAAUACUACUUGAUUCCAACCCAGACCUUUCUGAUAUUUACUUGCUCAGCAUGAGGUUCCCAUACACUCCUGGUCCAAAUGCAGUAGUAGUACAAAAUAAUGCACCAAACAUCUUCGUAAGCCCAUAUCAAUGCGAAAAUUAUCAAAACACUGUCGGAGCCUAUGUUCUUUAUAAUGGAAAAGGAUGUGAUUGGGUACUAAGCGAUGGGGAUUAUACAGAAAUUGACACUGGAGGGGCGCCUGGAAUAUCUGAAAAAACGGCGACUCGGAAUUGUGGAGUUUAUUGGAUUUUAAUUUGUGCCUUCCUCUUUUUUGUCAACAUUUGA